GCUCUUCUUCUUCUAGCAUCUCUCAAUGGACUGUUAGCUCACUGAUUUUAUGUCCUGACUCUUUUCUAACAGAAGCAUUUAGAGGAAUACAGUUUCCUCCUGUCGCUUUUUGCUGCCUCCCACUAAUUUUGAAAUGAAUGAGAAUUCCUGUGCUCUACAUUCUCACCAGCAUUUGGCGUUGUCAGUUUUCUGGAUUUUGGCCAUUCUGAUAGGUCUCUCCAAGUUGGUGCCUAAGAAGAUGAUAAUCACACAAAUAAGUCAGUUCUACAUGACUAGCCUUGGGGUUCUCUUCCUGAUUAAUAUUAUCCCUGGAACAACUGGCCAAGGGGAAUCAAGGCGACAAGAACCUGGGGACUUUGUAAAGCACGAUAUUGGCGGACUCUCUCCGAAGCAUGCUCCAGAUAUUCCUGAUGACAGCACCGACAACAUCACUAUAUUCACCAGAAUCUUGGAUCGUCUUCUGGAUGGCUAUGACAACCGGCUGCGACCUGGGCUUGGAGAUGCAGUGACUGAAGUUAAGACUGACAUCUACGUGACCAGUUUUGGCCCUGUGUCAGACACUGACAUGGAGUACACCAUUGAUGUAUUUUUUCGACAGACAUGGCAUGAUGAAAGACUGAAAUUUGAUGGACCCAUGAAGAUCCUUCCACUGAAUAAUCUCCUGGCUAGUAAGAUCUGGACCCCUGACACCUUCUUCCACAAUGGCAAGAAAUCAGUGGCCCAUAACAUGACCACACCUAACAAGCUGCUCAGACUGGUGGACAAUGGAACCCUCCUCUACACCAUGAGGUUAACAAUUCAUGCCGAGUGUCCCAUGCAUUUGGAAGAUUUUCCUAUGGAUGUGCAUGCCUGCCCACUGAAGUUUGGCAGCUAUGCCUAUACAACAGCCGAAGUAGUUUACUCUUGGACUCUUGGGAAGAACAAAUCUGUGGAAGUGGCACAGGAUGGCUCUCGACUGAAUCAAUAUGACCUGCUGGGCCAUGUUGUUGGGACAGAAAUAAUCCGGUCUAGUACAGGAGAAUAUGUCGUCAUGACAACCCACUUCCAUCUUAAGCGAAAAAUUGGCUACUUUGUGAUCCAGACCUACUUGCCAUGUAUCAUGACUGUCAUUCUGUCACAAGUGUCUUUCUGGCUCAACAGAGAGUCUGUCCCUGCCCGCACGGUCUUUGGUGUCACCACUGUUCUCACCAUGACCACCUUGAGUAUCAGUGCCAGAAACUCCUUACCUAAAGUGGCAUAUGCGACGGCCAUGGAUUGGUUCAUAGCCGUCUGUUAUGCCUUUGUAUUUUCUGCGCUGAUUGAAUUUGCCACUGUCAACUACUUCACAAAGCGGAGUUGGGCUUGGGAAGGCAAGAAGGUGCCAGAGGCCCUGGAAAUGAAGAAGAAAACACCAGCAGUCCCGACAAAGAAAACCAGCACCACCUUCAACAUCGUGGGGACCACCUAUCCCAUCAACCUGGCCAAGGACACUGAGUUCUCCACCAUCUCCAAGGGCGCUGCUCCUAGUGCCUCCUCAACCCCGACAAUCAUUGCUUCACCCAAGACCACCUACGUGCAGGAUAUCCCAACUGAGACCAAGACCUACAACAGUGUCAGCAAGGUUGACAAAAUUUCCCGCAUCAUUUUUCCUGUGCUCUUUGCCAUUUUCAAUCUGGUCUAUUGGGCCACAUAUGUCAACCGGGAGUCAGCUAUCAAGGGCAUGAUCCGCAAACAGUAGAUAUUGGUGGUGCCGCAACCAGAGCACUGUACACCCUAGGAAGUGUCCAUGCACCCAAACCCCAGGGCUCCCCUUCAUGUGUUUCAGGAUUCUUCUUUUUUAACCUUCUUACCAAGCCAUGACUCUCAAUUAAUAUUUAUGAAUCUCAAUGAAGAAACAAUAACAACAGAAAAAAUUACUUUUCCCCAUUGCUGAGUAUAUCCUCAUUGGAGCCAAACACUGCCAUUUGUCCAGUUGCUCAUCUUAAUCUGCCAGUCUCCCUCAGCUGAGGGCACAGCAUGUAUUUUAUUGCACUCUGCCCACUAAAGAAAGAACAGGAGACUCUAUGGCCUGUAGUGAGAGCCUUGGCUAUUUGAAAGUUCCAGACUAAGGAUGAUUGUUGACUGGUCCAGAUCAGAUGAUUCUGACUCACUAGGGAGCCAGGCUGCGUCCCAUGUGGUCCUGCCUGCCACCUCCCCUGCCCACAGCAGGGCCCACUAGGCAUAAGUACUGAUAACAAAGGCAGGAGCCAGUGCUAAUCUCUGAACAUGGCCCACAACCCCUUUAUUGGCUUGGAGGUUAAUGUGGACAGUUAAGGCUUACCACUGUCUACCAUGUAUGGCCAAAACAGAUAGAACCAACUGGGCCAGCCUGGCACCAACAUGGCUGAUGACCUGCCAUGUCUAGCCCCUCAGGAAAAUAGUACCCUCUUUGGUAUACCUCUCCUCCAGAAAGCCCUUUUCUCUCAAGCCCUUUGAACCCCUUGCAGCCAGCUGGACACUGCUUAGCUUGGACUCAUUACUGCCUGCAAACUCUUUAGGAAAAGGAUCAAGUAAUUUUUAAAAUUUAUACUAAAAAGGGACAUAUAGAACAAAUUCUAGAGCAAAUGCCUAAAUUUUUAAAAACAUUAGAGAGACAGGAAAGUCACCUCCCUGCCAAGGCAGCUAGUCAAAUACUGGAUGGAGUAAGCGAUUUGGGCUGGAUGGUAGUUGAGGCUUGAAAUCUGGCUCAAAAAAGAGGGCUACUGGCAGGUGAAAAUCAAAUUCUUCCUUCCACACCCUUCACACUCCAAACCGUAGGCCAAGCCCAAGAACUUUGCUCCUGCUGUGUCAGGGACCUCUGGUCCUCUGUUGAUGCCAAUUUUAAGAGGGAUGAAUUGGAGUUUAGUUGACUUUUGAGUCAACUAAAUUAUUAACCUUAUUAUCAGUUUGAUAACAUAUUAUUUAGGGGAUUUGAUCUCAUUUGUUCUUAAUAUGAGUAAAAGGGACAGUCAUAAUUGUAAAAUAUUUAUAAGGUAGAUAAACUCAGUUUCAUGUGUUUGAAUGACUUGCCUAGGCUCCUUACAAGUGUCUGUAAUAGAGAACUGUCACGUGACCCUUUCCAAAGGCCAAAAUGAAGACAGGGCUGAGAAUCCAGGUCCACCUUGAUCUCAGAAUCAGCACAGUCUCAACAGGCAUGCUGCGUCCUGAAUGCAGUUUGGUUGGACACCAAAAAGAUUUUUAGAAAGUCACAGUGUGUCACCCAAGGAGACCACUUCUAAUAGUCAUGGCUCAAGGAAAUGAGAUUAAGAUGGCAGCCCCAGCCACUAGUCCAAAGUAUCCUAGAACCCCUAAGUAACACCACAGAGAGCACCAAAAGGAGAUUCUCCCUGCCUACUCCCUGAUCAAUGCUCCUAAGGGGUCUAUCAUUAGCUGCUGGUUGCCUUUUCACCCAUCCUUCCCCCAUCCUCUGCUUCCUUGCCAUUGCUGGGAUAAUGCAUGCCAGUCCCAUUAUUCCUAAGACUGUGUCUGUAUGUAAGUUCAUGACUAAAAGAGUGUAGUGUCGUGGAUAUGUGGGGAUGGGGGGUGGGAUGGGGGGGUGGGGUGUGUGGGACUGUUAAUGAUUGUCCUGUUAAUGAUCAUCUUAAGGAAUUUAGAAUGGAAGCCUGACCUUUGCCUCUCUGUAGAAAUUGUGUUUCCAAAUGCUUUGGUGCAAUGUUUAGCGGCUGUUUAUUAAACUCUUUCUGA